AUGGUCACCAGCUCCUCCACGACCCUGUGUGACGUCAAGCCUCGUUUUCCAAUCAGAUACAGCAUGCCGAAUACGUUAAACCAGAGGAAAACUCUUGAUUUCCAUCCCACAAAAGAGAAUGCAGAUGGACUCCGGAUUGUGAUCUUUGGAAAAAGUGAGGACAAGAAGAACUACCUCUGCAACCUCAUCAUGCAGAAAAAGCUGAAAGAAAACUUUUUUAAACUUUACUUUUCCAAGAAAAGUGAGUUGGAUUGUGGAGAAUGGAGAGGAAAACCAGUGAAGGUUGUAAAAUUGCCUGACAUCUGCAGUCUGUCAGUGGAAGCUUUAUUAGAAGAAAUGAACAGUUGUUUGAACCUUUGCCUUCCUGGACCAAAUGUUCUGCUGCUGUUAGUGAAGCCUUCAGAUUUCAAUGAGAAGGACAGAAAAAUGCUGAAUUUUGUCUUGACUUUGUUUCAUCAAGAUGCCUUCAAGCAUGCAAUGGUCAUCAUAACACAUGAUAAUGAAAUGAGACGUUCUGUUAAUGAACUUUUGAGAGAUUGCAAUGGAAGACACUACAAUAUGUUUAGAGAAGAUUUCACACAGUUGAUGGAGCAGAUCGAGAACAUAGUGCAUGAAAACAAAGGCGCAUAUCUUUCCUUGAAAGAAGAGACCAGCAGACCCCAACAGGAACAGAUCAAACCUUCACUAAACCUGGUUCUGUGUGGGAGGAGAGGAGCAGGGAAGACCUCAGCAGUCAAGGCCAUCUUAGGUCAGACUGAGCUAAGAUCCAACUCAUCAGUUAGUAUUAAAAACCAGGGAGAGGUCAGCGGACGUUGGGUUUCUGUGGUGGAGCUGCCUGCCUUGCAUGGAAGAACUCAGCAGGAAGUGAUGGAGGAAUCAUUCAGGUGCGUCUCCCUCUGUGAUCCUGAGGGGGUCCACGCCUUCAUCGUCGUCCAACCUGUGGGUCCCCUCACUGAUGAAGACAAAGGAGAGUUACAGACCAUCCAGGACACGUUAAGCUCUGUGGUCAAUGACUUCAUCAUGGUUCUGUUCACUGUCGAGUCAGAUCCUAAACAUCCAGCUGUUGUUAACUUUAUAAGCGGAGACGGAGACAUCCAGAAGAUCAUUCAGAGCUGUGGAGGAAGAUAUGUUGUUCUCAACAUCAAGGACCAGCAGCAGAUCUCAAAGCUGAUAGAGAUGGUGGAAGAGCAGAUAAUACAUGUGUCAAAAUGCUUUACUAAGGAUAUGUUCACCUCAGCUCAGAUUGAGAAACUGUUAGGACAGGAAAAAAUUAUUGAUGAACUUAAAUCUGAACUGCAAAAGGUCAAGAAGAAUGAUGCAACAGGAACAGGUCUUAAAGAUGUGAGGAAGAAAUGUUUCAGAAUGGUGCUAAUUGGUAAAACCGGCAGUGGAAAGAGUGCAACAGGAAACACCAUUUUGGGCGACAAACAUUUUAAAUCUAAAGCCAGUGGAAAGUCAGUUACCAAGUUUUGUGAGAAAGCAAAAGGUGAAGUUGACGGUCGGCGUGUUGUCGUUGUCGACACACCUGGUUUGUUUGACACGAGUCUGUCCAACAGUGAAGUUGAACAGGAACUGGUGCAUUGCAUCAGCAUGUUGGCUCCUGGACCUCACGUGAUCCUACUGGUACUGCAGAUCGGACGGUUUACUAACGAGGAAAAAGAAACAGUGGAUCUGAUCAAGAAAUACUUUGGCAAGAAUUCCCAAAAUUUCAUCAUUGUUACAUUCACCAGAAAAGAUGAAUUAAAGGAACAAACUUUUGAGAGUUACAUUGAAGAAGACUGUGAUGAUUUUGUUAAAAAACUGAUCCAUGACCGUGGGGGAAGAUGCCACGUAUUUGACAACACGCUCCAGGAUGAUCGUUCUCAGGUUAGAGAGCUGCUGAGGAAGGUUGAGUUAGUGGUGGAGGAAAAUGGUGGAGGGUGUUACACCAAUGACAUGUUCCAGGAAGCUGAGUUAGCAAUAAAAAAAGAAGUGGAGAGAAUCCUGAAAGAGAAGGAAGAAGAGAUGCAGAAACAGAAAAAAGAACUGGAAGAAAAACAUCAGGAAAAAAUACAAGCGAUGGAAAAAAAGAUGGAAGAACAAAGAACAGAAAUGGAAGCAGAGAGGAUACUGAGGGAAAAACAGCUUAAAGAUAUGGUGGAAAAUAUAGAUAAAGAGCGUGAACAAAGAAGAAAAGAACAAGAAAUCAGAGAAGAAGAGGACAACCAGAGGAAAAGACAAGAGGAACGUAAGCAACAGGAAUUGGAAGAAAAACUUGGCGAUCUUGAGAAGAAAAUAAAAUCAGAAGAGCAGAAAAAGCAAAGUACUGACCUAGAGCUGGAAAAAAGCAGAGAAGAAAUACGAAAAGAGCGGGAAAACUGGGAGAAGGAAAGAAAUGAAUGGUGGGAAAAGAGAUAUCAAGAAAAUGAACAGAAACGUCAGCAGGAGCAAGAAAAACUGGCAAAACUUCAAGAGGAAUAUGAACAAGAAAGAGAAAAAGAUCGAAUAAAGAGUAAAGAAGAAGAUUGUAUCAGGAAAGAACAAGAAGAGAAGGAAAGAAAAGAGUUAGAGGACACUUAUGUGAAAAAACUGGAAGCCAUAAAGACCAAAUAUGAGGAAGAGGCCAGAAAACAGGCUGAAGAAUUCAACGAGUUCAGACAGAAGCACACCAGGGAUUUUACUUCUCUGGUGGAAAAACACAUGGAAGAAAUGCUGGAGCUGAAGCUAAAGCAUAAAAGACAAAUGGAAGAGUCAGAGAUGAGUCACAGUAAAGAGUAUAGACAGUUGGGAGAGCUAUCUCAAUACAAAGAAAAACAUCUAAAAGAAGAAAUAGAGGAGUUAAGGAGAAGGCAUGACCAAGAAAUACAUGAUCUGAAAAACAAUUACCAGCAGACAUGUGCCAUCCUCUGAUACUAAUUACUGAGCUCUAAAGAGAUUAACACCUUACAGCUAAAGCCCACCAGUUUCUACUAAAUGAUUCAGAUGCUUUCAACAAGGUCCCUCAGUCACAGAAUAUUCUGACAACAUCUAAAUAUUCAACAGGGGACAUAACAUCCAGUUUUUAGCCCUUAAAUAGCUUUUGGUGUGUGAUUGGAGCAUCUGGAAAUACUCAAAUGUUGAAUUUUGUCUUCCAAAGAGUUGUUUAGAUAUAUUUAGAUAUAUUUUGGGUCAUAUUAUUCAAGCUGUUAAGAUUUCUCUGUUUUUUUACCUUCUCCUUUGCUCCUGAGCUCUGGAGCUAUGUUUGUUUUACU